AUGGCGACCGACGAGCUCGCGGAGAAGCUGCACCGCAGGCUGGACCUGCAGGAUCGCGCGGAGCCGCCCAGACAGCCGCGCGUGUUCAACCCGCACACCGAGUUUAAGGAGUUCAGCCGCAAGCAGAUCAGAGACAUGGAGCAGAUGUUCAAAAGGUUCGACUCCGGUAAGGACGGCUUCAUCGACCUGAUGGAGCUGAAGAUGAUGAUGGAGAAGCUGGGAGCUCCUCAGACUCACCUGGGCUUGAAGAGCAUGAUCCGAGAGGUGGACGAGGACUACGACGGCAAGCUCAGCUUCAGAGAGUUCCUCCUGAUCUUCCGCAGGGCUGCUGCAGGCGAGCUGCAGGAGGAGAGUGGUCUGAUGGCUCUCGCUCGCCUCUCAGAGAUCAAUGUCUCGACGGAGGGCGUGCGAGGAGCGCGGGAAUUCUUCGAGGCCAAGGCUCAGGCUCUGUCUGUGCGCAGCAAGUUCGAGGAGGAGCUUCGUGAGGAGCAGGAGGAGAAGAAGAGGGUGGAGGAGGAGCGGGAACAACGACGCGCUGCGUUUAAAGAGCUACAGUCUGCAUUCUGCUCCUAAACACACACUCACACACACACACACACACUCACACACACACACACACUCACACACACACACACAUUUGUCUUGCUAUACUUGUCAGGGACUUCCAUGGGUUUCUAUUGAUUUUUGUAUUACUGUAGCUACAUAAUACUACACCUACACCUAAACCCAACCCUAAACUCAGUAACCAAACCUAACCCUAAACCUAAAACUAACGCUAGACCCAGAAUCCAAACCUAAAGCUAACCCUAAACCUAACCUGAGUAUCCAAACCUAAGCCUAACCCUGACCUUAACCUCAUCAUCCAAACCUAGACCUAACCCUGAUCUUCACCUCAGUAUCUGAACAUAAACCUAACCCUAAUCCCAAACCUAAACCUAACUCUAAACUCAGCAUCCAAACCUAAAGCUAACCCUAAACCUAAACUCAGUAUCCAAACCUAACCCUGACCCUGACUUUAACCUCAGCAUCCAAACCCAAACCUAACCCUGAUCUUCACCUCAGGUCCCAAACCUAAACCUAACCCCGACCUUAACCUCAGUAUCCAAAUCUAAACCGAACCCUAAUUCUGAAUCUAAACCUAACCAUAAAAUUAACCUCAGCAUCCAAACCUAAACCUAACCCUAAGCCCAAAUCUAAGCCUGAUCUUAACCUCAGCCCCAAACCUAAACCAAACCCUAAACUCAGUAUCCAAACAUAACCCUAACCCUAAACCUAACCUCAGUAUCCAAACCUAACCCUGACCUUAAUCUCAGCAUCCGAACCUAAACCUAAAGCUAACCCCGACCUUAACCUUAGUAUCCAAAUCUAAACCUAACCCUAAUUCCGAACCUAAACCUAACCCUAGCAUUAACCUCAGCAUCCAAACCUAAACUUAACCCUGAGCUUAACCUCAGUAUCCAAAUCUAAACCUAACCCUAAACCUAACCCUAAACAUAACCCUGACCUUAACAUCAGUAUCCAACCCUAAACCUAACCCUAAACCUAAACCAAACCUCAACUUCAGCAUCCAAAAGGCAACUUUCUGCUCUUUUAGUUUUUCCUAAACAGUGUAAUCUGUGGUGAAACGUCCUCACUUGAGCCUAAAUGCCAUGGUGUCGUAUCACUGUGAGGACUUAUAGUCCUCACAAGGAUAGCAAGACAAGCACACACACACACACACACACACACACACACACACACAGAAGAGAAAAUUCAGAUAUUACCCAUGUUCCACCAGAGCAUGCACUGCAGCCAAAACAGCGCUUACCAGCUUCCAAGCGGUCACCAUGCUGCACUCACUGGCCACUUCAGCAGGUCCACUCGGGCAGGACGAGUAGGAACGGCUCCGAUUUUUAAAUCUAGACCGUUGUUCAUAAAGGGGAACCCGCAUGUGUUUUACACUGUUUCUGAAGUCUGUGCAUGAGCCCACUCAGUCUGUACACUCUUAAAAAAAGAUGGUUCUUCAAGGGUUCUUUGGUAAAGACAAUGGCUCUGUGUAGAACCAUGAACACUCAAAGGACCA